AGAUGACCUUCGUUGUGUAAUCGAAGAGUCUUUAAAAUGAAGACAUCGGUUUUUUAUUUCAUAGCACUUUUUUGUUGCUGUUCAGCUGAAUUCAACAUAUUUCAGCUGGCCAAGCAUGCUAUCGACGUCGGAUCUUCCAUUACUAAAGACGUGCUCGAUAAUGUUUUAACUGUUAAUGAUCUACCAGAUAGAAUUACUGUUCCAGAAAUUAUUAAACGUGAAGGAUAUGAAGUGGAAAGCCACUUUGUCACUACUCCAGAUGGUUAUAUACUAAAUCUCCACAGGAUCCCACAUGGUAAGCACUCAGAAGGAAAAAGGAAAUCCACACCUGUAUAUUUGCAGCACGGUCUUUUAUGUUCCUCAGCCGACUGGGUUAUAUUUGGUCCAAAGAGAGCUCUUGCGUUUAUUCUUGCUGACGCAGGGUAUGACGUAUGGAUGGGCAAUGUACGCGGUAACACGUACUCAAGAAAUCAUACUUAUUUAUUUCCCGAAGAAGCUCAAUUUUGGAAAUUUAGUUGGAACGAAAUGGGCAUGUACGAUAUUCCAACCAUGGUCGACUACAUUUUAAAGGCCACAGGAAAGCCACAAUUGUAUCAUAUUGGACAUUCACAAGGGACAACAUCAUUUUAUGUUAUGACAUCAGAACGUCCUGAGUAUAAUCAAAAGAUUAAAGCACACAUCAGUCUUGCUCCAGUGGCAUAUAUGCAAAAUCUGGUCAGUCCAUUAGUGAGAGCCCUAGCUUUUGGUCGAUUUGUCUUUGGAAAUAAAUUGAUGAUUGGAAAAAGCGAGUUUAUGCCAUCCCACGCAUUUUUCGUUUUAGUUAACAACGCUAUGUGUAGCGUCGGAAUAGGAGCAGUAUAUUGUAAAAUUUCUAUUUUCGCAAUAUCUGGAUUUAGUCCAGAUCAGAUGGAUCCUGCCGACACUGUUCUGAUUUAUGCCCAUUACCCAGCUGGUGCAUCUACCAAACAGGUUCUUCAUUAUGCACAAGAAGUCGAAUCUGGGCGUUUCCGUAAAUAUGACUUUGGACCAACCAAAAACAGAUACUAUUAUAACGGUUCCGAAACAGCCCCUGACUAUAAUUUAUCUAAAAUAAGUGCACCCAUUCAUCUUAUUUAUAGUUCUAAUGAUUGGUUGUCAAGUGAAGCAGAUGUAAAUAGACUUCAUGGUGAACUUAAAAGUUGUAAGGAAAAGUAUUGGGUUCCGCUUCCCACUUGGAACCACAUGGACUACUUAUUUGGAAAAGACGCUCCCAAACUCGUUUACUCAAAAGUUUUAAAUAUUCUUGGAAAAUAUGAAUCAUAAAAUCAAAAAUAAAUCAUUACAGACCUUCAA